AAAUGGGAAAGAACCGCAUUGCAACGUAGGAGAACUAGCGAGAGAGAAAAUGGCUAGUACCUACUCCUCGGCUCUUCUCGCAUCUCCUUCUGUUAACCCCUCCUCGGUUGCUCCCUUGAAGACUUCGUUUCUUGGGUUUCCAGUUGCGGCUUCGAAUCCUUCUUUUCGUACUCGAGCACUUCCUUCUGCGGGGCAGACCCUUCAUAUCCGGUGUCAGAGUACCCCAGUAUUCCCCAAAGGUCAAGAAUGGAUGUUUGAUGAAUCUCUUCUCGAUGGACCGGAUGUUUGGAAUACUACAUGGUACCCAAAAGCUGCAGAUCAUGUAAACACGGAAAAACCUUGGUAUAUUGUUGAUGCUAAUGACAAAAUUUUGGGGAGACUAGCAUCGACAAUUGCUAUUUAUAUACGUGGAAAGAAUCUGGCAACAUAUACCCCCAGUGUGGACAUGGGAGCAUUUGUUAUUGUGGUGAAUGCAGAAAAAGUGGCUGUAUCUGGUAAGAAGAGGACACAGAAACUCUAUAGGAGGCAUUCAGGAAGGCCUGGUGGUAUGAAGGUGGAGACAUUUGAUCAACUCCAACAAAGGAUUCCAGAAAGAAUAAUCGAACAUGCUGUCCGUGGGAUGCUCCCUAAAGGCCGAUUGGGUAGGGCUCUCUUCAAUCAUCUCAAGGUGUACAAGGGUCCGGACCACCCGCAUGAGGCCCAAAUGCCCAUUGAGCUGCCCAUAAGGGACAAGAGGAUACAAAUACAGAAGUAGGUGUGGCACUUACUGUUGCUGAUCACUUUGCAUGUAUUCACUGGUCUUCCAUGCUUCAAAUUCUAAUAUUCUGUGUGGAGAGUUUCUAGGGUGGUAGUUAGAAGCUAAGUUGCAUUUUCACUUCCUAUCUUCUGCUGUAUGAUGGAGUAAUAUGUUCAGAACUACAAUUUCUAUUAUGUGUACGAUCCAUCGGAAGGAAACAUGUGUUUGAUUAAUUGAGACUUAAAUUUAGUGGUUGGAGUGAUGGGAGGUCCUUUUUU